AUGAAAGUUAAAUGCGAUUUCCAUGGGAAUGGGUGUCAGAAAAGUAUGUUAGGAGUGAUAGGGAGGGCUCGCCAUCAUCUCAACAAAUAUCACAUCGAAAGCAAGUUCUGGUCCAUAGCUGAGGCCGGGUAUGACUUGCGGACCAGUAUUAGUGUCUCAAUCGAUGCCAUACUUAACAAUAAUAGUUAUAAAGACAUCUCAACUCAUAUUAUAAACGCAUUGAAUGGGUGUGAAGAGGGAACGGGAUGUUGGAGUAAACGCUGGAAUUGUGUGGUAUUGUCGAGAAGUGGUGGUGAGAGUGAUAUCUGUGCUGUCGAUGACUACUUCAGGACUUUUGAUUUGUUGGAUCAGUUGGACAGACAUUACAAGACAUUAUGGGAUACGAGAGAUAGUAAAGGAAGUGAUGGAUGUCUUCAACCGAUUAAAGAGAUAACACUUUCACUGAAGAAGAGGAAGAGAUUGAGAGUUAAGACAAAAACACAUGAUAUGAAUGAAGACAUGAGUGACUCGAGUGAUGACACCAUUGAUGACAACUGCAGUGAUAUCUCGUAUAAACCCGAAGACAUAAAUGAGGGAAAAGUGGUUCAAAAGACUAAACGAUUGAAUACCCGAUCAGUUGUGUCGAAUCAACCCCUGUUUGCCACGGAAUGGGAACUCGAAUAUCACGUGAAUUGCAGGCAUUUUAAAGUAUUUAAAUGUCAAUCAAGUGGUUGUGGCAAACAGUUUAAGGAAUUAAAGGCUCUUAAGACACACGGGAACCGAUACCACAGAGGGAAGUGUUUCGCGUGUAAUGUCGAGGGAUGCGAUUACAUGACUAAUAAUCCAUCGCAUAUGAGGACUCAUAUGCCUCGACAUAUCCACGGCUUAUCUUUCCAAUGCACUCAUGAGUCGUGUGGUAAACGAUAUAAAAGCAGUUCAGCCCUCAAGGAACACAUAAAAAUCGGUCAUACGAUUGAGAGACCAUUUGUUUGCGAUCACAAAGACUGCGGCAAACGGUACGCAACGAAUACCCAAUUAACGGGUCACAAGAAUUUCAGACACCGGAAAGUAGGCGUCAAUUAUUUUAAAUGUCCCGAAAAGGGCUGUAGAUUUUGGGGUAGAAGCCAACAGUCAUUAGACUCGCACGCAAGUACACACAAUGAGGUGCGAGUGUAUCGGUGCGAAUGGCCCGGUUGUGACUAUACGGCCACUAAUUACGGGGCCCUUAACAGCCAUCGACAGAAUAAUCACUCGGCUGUGGGCGUGUAUGCGUGCGAUUGGCCCGGAUGUGAGUAUAAGACAAGUCUUAAGCGAAACCUCUGUCGCCAUAAACUCAAUCAUAUUGAAUACAAAUACGUAUGCGAAUGGCCCGGAUGUGCACAACGGUGUAAAACCACACAAUCAUUGAAUAAGCAUUUGAUGAUACAUUCGGGGGACAAGCCGUUUGCGUGUGAGUACGAGGGCUGUGGGUAUCGGAGCACUCAUAAGGGGAACGUCGCCACCCAUAUGUUAGUCCAUUUGAAUGCUAUGGGAAAGGCUGUGAAGUUGUCCUGUCAUUGGCCUGAAUGCGGGAAACAGUUUAUACGGAAAAUGGAUUUGAAAACUCAUUUAAAGAGACAUUCGUCGAAAAGUCAUUCAAAUGUGCGGCCAAUGGCUGUGGAUUCGCCCAAAGACUCAAAAGUGUAA